AUGCACACCGGACACGCGGCUGUCUCCUCUGUUUUGCUCGUCCUCCUCCUCGCACUCUCCAUCAUCACGCUCCUGCCGCACGCACCGGCGUCGGCACGGUCCUUCUUCCGGCCUCGGCCUCGCCUGAUCGACGGCAGCACCACCAAAGUCCAUCCCGAAGCCAUCGAUGGUGGCUGCGACUACUCCAACGGGGCAUGGGUGAGGGACGCCGACCCCACGACGGUCUACAACGAGGGCUGCCCGUUCCUCGACCCCGGCUUCCAGUGCACGCGCAAUGGCCGGGCCGACUCCUCCUUCCGGCACUGGCGCAGGCAUCCUCGCGGAUGCACCCUCCCUAAGUUUAAUGCGAGUGAGAUGCUGGAGAGGAGCCGAGACGGCCGGAUCGUGUUUGCGGGCGACUCCGUCGGCCGUAACCAGUGUGAGUCCAUGGUGUGCAUGCUGGCCAGCGCCGUGCCGGCUGGCGAUGACUCGAGGAUAUAUGAGCGGUCUGAGAAACCCACCAGCAGGUACAAGGGCUACCUCUCCAUGUUCUUCGUGGACUACAACCUCUCCGUCGAGUACUACCGGGCGCCCAUGCUCGUCGUGAUCGACCGCUUCGCUCUGACAGCGAGCGAGAUCAACGGCGCUGCGGCUAGGGGAGCGAUCCGGCUGGAUGCGCUCCCGCGGCACGCCGACCGCUGGGCCAGCGUCGACGUGCUUGUCUUCAACACGGGGCAUUGGUGGAACCAGCACAAGACCAUCAAAGCGUAA